AUGCAGCUCCCGCAACCCAAAGUGCCGAAACCGAAGGCCGCGGUGCCGCUGCCCACGCCGCGCCUGCCGGGCGGCGCCAAGGCCGCCGCGGUCCAGCCGCCGAAGGCGCCGAGCCGCACGCAGGAUCUGCGGGCCGCGUCGCUCGCCUCGCUGACGAUCACGGGCGCGCCGCGGGCACCUCGGGUCGGCGGCGGCCAGGCGCGGCCGCGGCGCGACCGGUCGCCGUCGAAGCCCGUCGGGAAUAACGACAGCGCCUUCGGCGAGGGCGCGUGGCGCUCGUCGAGGCCCAUCGAGCGACGAGGCACGACCUUUGAGGUGGUCGUAAGGGUCCCGAACGCGCUCGAAGUCGCGAGGGACCCGCGGAGCACGCUCGCCAACCCGGCGCUCGUCGUGAGCAAGGUUAAUGAUACUGCCAUCAUCGGCGGCUUCGAGGAGGCCGGCCGCGACCGCGCGGCGGGCCACAAGGUCGUCGGGCUGCGGGUCGUGGGCAUCUCGACGACGCCCCACGUCGUCCAGGCGCCGCCGCCGCCUUCAUCAUUGGUCGACGCCCAGAAGGCGCUGAGCGGCCCGCGUACCGAAGAGGACGGCUGCUGUUCCCGCAGUUUGUCGAUUGAGGAGUUCCCGAAGUUCGUCUUACUGCAGAAGCCUCCCGACGAGGCCCAGGAGCCCGUCCUCGCGGACCAGGGGUCGUACACCUGGCGCGACGAGAAGCCCGAGCCGCCCAAGGAAGUUCCCGUCAAAAAGUACCGCCUCACCAAAGUGUUGGUGGCGACGAAUAGGAAACCCGUCCUGAGCGAGGGCGAAGCUGUUUUUUCUUCGACCCUAGACGCGGACGCGGCGUCGCCCGAACUUACCGAAAGGAAGAGCCACCUCGGCAUCUCCGCCCGGGCGCGUGCAGCAUCACAAGACCAGGACGAGGGCCUCUGGUGGGGCUGCGCCGUCGUGGCGUGCGACGCGUCAGUACCGCGCGACGGGCCCGCGUCGUGUGACAUCGAGAACUGGACCUAUCUUGGUGGGGACCCGUGUGGAAGUCAUCGGUCUACGCUGCCUCUACGCCAUCGCCGCGCCCGUUCGUCUGCUCGAGUCGCUGCCACGCAGGCUGGGAACCAAGAAGCAGAGAGGACGUCCUCGAGGCACUAAAACAAGCGGACGACGACGCCCACGUUUAUGUCCAUGGCUUCAAUAACUCGCUCCAGUUCGCAUGUCGCACGGCGGCUCUACUAGCGAGGGACCGCGUCGCCAUCUGCGUGGCCUGGCCGUCGAACCCGCCGUUACCUAGAUCGUGGGCCAUCGCCGCCGUGUUGAGUGUCGCGGAGCGGAACUACACGGCGGCCGAGCAGCAGAUGCAGCGGUCCGUGCGGUCGGUCGCGAACGCGGCGUUGUUGUUACGAGAAGCUUGUAAGCGGCGGCUCGACUGGACGGCUCAUUCGAUGGGGUGUUAUUUGUUAUUGUUGGCGCUGCGGGAUGCGACGAAGCCCUUUGCGCGGGUGACUCUGUUAGCGCCCGAUGUGCCCACGUGGUUUUUUGUGGACUCCCUCAAGCGAGGCGUGCGGGAGAACGUGCGGUUCCUGCACUGCUUUCAUAGUAGAGACGAAGCGGUGGAGAUCUCGCGGCAGAGGCGCGGAUUGGACUUCCCGGUCCCGGGCAACGGCGCAGUGUUGCCGAACAGGCCCGGCGUGACGGUGUUAGAUUGUUCGCGCUGCGCCGCUACUCUAGGCAACCACGACUAUGGAAGGGUCGACUUUGCGUGCGUCUUGGAACAGGGCGCGUUCUUCGAGGGGGCGCGGCCCGAAGAUAGAAAGGCGCUCGAGGACUCGGGGGAGGGCGUGUGGGUGCUGCGGGCGGAGGCUUCGUCUUGAGGCGACUAGUGUGUGUGUGUAAACUUUGUGAGCUGA